UCAAAGCAUCAUACCAAAUCAGACAAGCGCCCUUCUUCUCCGUGGGACUCCAAAAUUUUACAGUUAAAAAAGCCCUCUUCUCUAUUUGUUUUUGUGAUAAAUCUUUGAAUCGGAAAUCAGAAACCCUAAUAAUUUUCUUUGCUUUUGUCUAUAAAUGUUAUUGAACCCCUGAUUACUUGUGAUUAUUAAUUAUUCAUAGAGAGAUGGAUAUCGAACAAAAGCAAGCGGAGCACAUCGACUUCUUUGUGAAACAAGCAUCAGCACUCAAGGGUUCUGCCCUUACCACUGUUAUUGUUGAAGCCACUUCGCAUCCAUCACUCUUUGCUUUUUCAGAGAUUCUUUCUGUUCCCAGUGUUCUCGAGCUUGGAGGAACUGAGAAUUCAGUAUACCUUGAUUUGCUUCGUUUGUUUGCUCAUGGAACAUGGAGUGACUACAAAAGUAUUGCUGGCUGUCUUCCUCAGUUGGCGUCUGCCCAAGCUCUCAAGUUGAAGCAACUUACUGUGCUUACACUAGCUGAUACAAGCAAGGAGCUUCCAUAUGAUCAACUUAUGCAGGAGUUGGAUGUCACAAAUGUGCGUGAACUUGAAGAUUUUCUCAUAAAUGAGUGCAUGUAUGUGGGCAUAGUUAGAGGAAAGCUGGAUCAGUUGAAAAGAUGCUUUGAGGUACAAUUUGCUGCAGGGAGAGAUCUCAGACCCGGUCAAUUGGGGAAUAUGCUACAGACAUUAACUGACUGGUUGACUACUUCAGACAAUCUUCUUGUGUCAAUUCAAGAGAAAAUCAAAUGGGCAGAUACAAUGAGUGAAUCGGACAGGAAGCACCGGAAGGAAGUUGAAGAAAGGGUUGAUGAGGUGAAGAAGUCACUCUCUUUGAAGAAGCUACAAACUGUAAGCAGGCCGACGUUGACUUCAGAGGGCAUGAGGAGAUCUACUCUGAAUCUGGUGGAGUGAUGGAUUAUGAGGAAGACCGAGGCCGACCGAAGAGGAGACGACACCCUAUUGGUUAAGGUGAUGGAGUUGGGGGCGAUGUUAGGAAGAAUUAGAGUGGCUGCUGGCCAGUUUUUUUUUUUACCAUAGAUGCUUUCUGCUUUAGCAGACAGUUUCAACCCUUCUAAAAAUUUGUCAUGCUGUGAAUGGAACUUGUAGACUCGAAGUACCCCAUAGAGCCAUAUUUUGCACUUAACUCCAUUAUUUCCAUCUUGUUUGCCUUUUUUGAGUUGGAAAGAUUUUAAUAUGAUGACGACGACGAUGAUGAUGCGGCUGAAACUUGUGGAGCUGAUUCAUUUUACAUUCAUACAAGUCUAUAUGCUUUCAUGA